CCGCGCCCGCCCGGCGGGGAGCGGCCGCCUUUGUGCUGCCCGGACCCGCUCUCCGUCCUCCUGCAGGCAGAAGAGGAGCUAGCGAGGAGAUUAGAAAAAGCCCACCAAGCUCGAGUUAAUGUUUGAGAAGUUCGGGUGCGGGAGAGUCUGGAAUUUUGGCUUCUUGGAGAAACAGUAGAAAAUGCAAAACGAAAUAAUAAAGCCUGCUAAGUACUUCUCAGAAGUGGAGAAGAGUGUGCUGCUUGCAUUAGUUGAAAAAUACAAAUACGUGCUGGAAUGUAAAAAAAGCGAUGCAAGAACUAUUGCUCUGAAACAACGCACCUGGCAAGCUCUGGCUCAUGAAUAUAACUCACAGCCCAGUGUAUCACUGCGAGACUUCAAACAGUUAAAGAAAUGCUGGGAAAAUAUCAAGGCACGGACAAAAAAGAUAAUGGCACAUGAGAGGCGGGAGAAGGUAAAAAGAAGUAUUAGUCCACUUAUAAAUACUCACAUCGUAGGGAAGGAGAAGAUUGGAAGCAUAAUGCCUGAGCAAAUGUACUUUUUGCAGAGCCCACCAGAAGAAGACUCUGAAUAUCAGCCUGAUGCUUCUAGUCAAGAGUCAUUUGUUGUGUCCAACAGAGAACUUUGUGAUGAAGACAAAGAUCUGGUACAUUUUCCAGUAUGCGAAGGCACCUCCCAGCCUGAGCCUUCGUGUUCUGAUGUCAGAAUAGCAGCAGAUAAGAACUACAGAAGUAAAGCAUCUCAGGAAAGUGCUCUGAAAAAGAUGCAUGAGGAAGAACAUCAUCAGCAAAUGUCGAUUUUGCAACUUCAGUUAAUCCAAAUGAAUGAAGUUCAUGUGGCAAAGAUUCAGCAAAUAGAAAGAGAGUGUGAGAUGGCUGAAGAAGAACACAGGAUAAAAAUGGAAGUGCUAAAUAAAAAGAAAAUGUAUUGGGAGAGAAAACUGCAGACCAUUACAAAAGAAUGGCCUGUAUCCUCCUAUAACAGACCCUUUCCUAAUUCACCUUAGAACAUAGAAGGGCAGAGAGUCAGUCUGAUUUAGCACAUUUAUGAGUAACACGCACUGGAAAGAGGGUUUCCUACUGUGAAUGUACAGUGACAGGAUAGGUGCCUGGCUGAUAGUGAACACACUAUGACUCUUAAUGUUUAGGGAAACAGUGGUAUAGUUCACCAAGAGGAAAACUCUAUUGUUUAUUUGUAGGUAGUUCUGAUUUGUUUAACUCACACACAUGCACAGUGUUCUAAAAUGUGAACAUAUUUUUUCCUCUCAGAACACCCUUGAUCCUUGUGAAGUUUAAGGUACUCUGGGUAUUCUUACAUUGGGAAUUCAUAAGAAAACUUAAUAGCUUUAAACAUCAGGCUGUAGUGUUUGAUUUCUAUCUCUUCCUAUCUGCCAUUUCUCACAUGAAGGCAAGGGUUGGAGUUGCUCUCUGCUAUUGAGACAAAAGGUGAUGGACAGCUAUUAGUUGGAUCAUUAUGCUGAAGCUUAGGGAAAAUAAACUGGUUAAUACAGUCCAUAACUUAUUUUUCAUAGAAGAUGUGAAAAUGAAGGAUGUAGCAAGAGGGCCACUGUAGUAAUAGACCUCUCCUGAAGAACAGUAAUGGCUGGCUGACUGAGAGGAUGGUUGUGGAAUGGCCCUCCAGUUGUUUGAGCCUUGACACUUGUGAAGUCAAAAAGAAGGUGACAUCUUCCUCAAAAACCACUGUGCUUUUUCUUUCAUUUCUAGGUCCUCUUGUAUUGAAGUAGAAUACCCAAGCAGGAGGCUCAAAUGCUUCUGCCAGCACUGUGUGCUGCUCUCCUGAAGUCAUUCUGAGGGGAAGAGCUUUUUAAGAAUUCACAAAGCUCUCAAAAUGCAGUGAGCCAGCCAGUCAUUGGCAAAGUCUCCCUCUAUUUUCCUAUGCAAUACUUGAUGGUGUAGCAGCUAGCUUGAUUAUUUCUCCUUAGCUAGAAGAAAAGACUAAGACUCACCCUCUUUUCCUUCUCGUAGGGUGGAAAGCAGUUCAAGGGAAUCAUUCCUGUCUUGAAGCACUGUUCUGUUUUGUUUUGUUCUGUCCUGUGUGUUAUGGUGGUGUGUUUCUUGCCUUUGCUGUCAGUGAGGGGUGAUGGACAUGAUUUGUAUGAAGGCAUUCACAUGAAAGUCCCCACAGAUUUUGGAUGUCCAGAAUGAUAGAUAGUAGGAAAGCACAAAUGAAAAUAAUCUUUACUCUGGCAAUCAUUUAUUCUAGUGGGGCAAGAGUUAAGAAAAUGUGAAACGCAGAACCCCGCAAGAAUUCAUAAGAACUUCUGGUGUUUGAAAACCUGUUUUACAGGAAGGUGUACAACCAUCAUUUGAAGCAGUGAGAAAAAUGAACAAAACCAUAAAUUUUCAUUGAAAAAUCUGAGUAUCACAUUAUUCAAUAAAGUAUUUUCAGAUCAUGACUCCUGAGGGCAAGUCCAUACUGUGAGCAUGUGUUCAAAGUGGAGUAUAUUACAAGGCAUACAUUCCCAGCUACACUCCUAUAUCUUUCCCUGGAUAUCCUUUCUGGUGGAGUGAGUUCCUUUUAGUUUUGUUUUGGAUUGAGUAGGGUUCUCUGUGUGUGUGUGUGUGUGUGUGGUUUUUUUGACCUGCUUUCACUGCUGGUGAUUCAUCUUAGUUAGCACUGCCAUUAUCAACCACAGGACUCGCUGUGGUUAACAGUGUGGUACCUGUGCUACUUCCUUAAAUGUGCUAAAACCAGGAAUCACAAUGGGAGCUGUUUAUAACAACUCAUUUUAUAUGACAGAGAAAAAAAUGCUGGGCUGCUGCAAGAUUAAAAAAUAGGGCCUGGGUGAAAUCUGAAGACAGAUCUUUUUGACCACAAGCUCAAUAUUCUUAUAAAUCGGCUGUGUGAAGAAAGUGCAGGAAUUCCAAAGAAGGAUGUUGUUAUGGGCACUUCUGUUUUUCUGCUGAAUGAAAACACUUUGGAAGGUAUAACAACAGUAGAGGCAAAAGAAAAGUAAACAGAAGUAAGGACCUUGUUCUGAGAUUGCAUUCUGCGGUCUGGAAGAUGAGUCAGUUUGACUGGUUGUGACAAUUGUUCAGGCAGCAUCCAGAAAAAAAGGAUAGGGAAGACAUUUGUCUUAACCAAUUAAAAUAUUUGUCUUAACCUUCUGCACUCAUUCUAAGUGAAAGUAAAUUAAAACCAGAUGUUAGAAGGUAAUGAAUGGAGACAAUUUCAUCCCUGUGAAGAGGGCAAGAAUAGAGAGACAAUCCAGGUCUAGAUAGCCCUGUGAAAAUGAUGAAAUAGAGAGGAUCUCACAACAUGUGAGACAAGGGUAGCUUGAACUCCUGGAAGUUAUAUAAUUGGUCAUGAAAGAUUGUUUUAUUUUUAUAUUUAAAAAUCCUUUAAAAUAAGCAUGUUUUCAAACUGAGCUAAGUGGAUAAUGCCUUGCUUCUUGGUAUAUUUUCUUAUUCUGAGACCAAAAGUUAUAGUUCCUAGGCCGAACAAUAGACCCUUUUAAUUCAGGUUCUAUUUACAAGAAAGCAGAUCAUAAGAGAAAUAUUAGAAAGAGCCAAGAUAAAGGUAUGAAAGAAGGAAUGAUCAUUACAUGCAUAGGGGAAGAAUGGGAACGUUACACCUAACGUAAAUUAUACAAGAUGGUUUUGUGGUACGGACAAUAGAUCGUUCACAGGUGACACAGGCUCUUGCUUUCCCAUUUGUAGUUGACUGUUGGUUGAUGUAAAAUUGGGUGAUAAACAUAGAAAAAUGUAAAAGAUCAACAGGAGGAAGUAAUGUAUCUCCUUGCCAUACUUUGACUUUAUAAAGUGAUCCAUGUGAUGGAAUUGAAAUUGCUUGAGAAAUUACUUUUGCCUUUAUUGUUGUUGCAAUUACUCCCUCUGGUAGUAGAGUUUAUCUUUACUUGUGUUUGACUUUUCUUAUAUGUAAUACAGCCACCUCAGACAGUAUGUC